AGUACGCUGAAGCGCGAGUUGGGUUAGAAGCGCUGGGAGUGGGGCCUGCGGAGAGGACAGGAUGCCUGGACUAAGUUGUAGGUUUUACCAGCAUAAAUUUCCUGAAGUAGAAGAUGUUGUCAUGGUCAAUGUCCGGUCCAUUGCAGAAAUGGGAGCCUACGUUAGUCUUUUGGAAUACAACAGUAUUGAGGGCAUGAUCUUACUCAGUGAGCUGUCCAGGAGACGAAUCCGUUCUAUAAAUAAACUCAUCCGAAUGGGCAGAAAUGAAUGUGUUGUUGUCAUAAGGGUUGAUAAGGAGAAAGGUUAUAUUGACCUGUCAAAAAGAAGAGUUUCUCCAGAGGAGGCAAUUAAGUGUGAAGACAAAUUCACCAAAUCAAAAACUGUUUACAGCAUCCUUCGCCAUGUUGCUGAAGUUUUAGAAUACACAAAGGAUGAACAGCUGGAGAGCCUGUUUCAGAGAACUGCUUGGGUAUUUGAUGACAAGUACAAAAAGCCUGGAUAUGGUGCAUAUGAUGCCUUCAAACUUGCUGUCUCCGACCCCACAAUCCUUGAUGGACUGGAUUUGACAGAAGAUGAAAAGCGUGUGCUAAUUGACAAUAUCAAUAGACGUUUGACACCACAGGCAGUCAAAAUUCGAGCCGAUAUUGAAGUGGCCUGUUAUGGCUAUGAGGGUAUUGAUGCAGUAAAGGAAGCUCUGCGAGCUGGCCUAAGCUGUUCUACAGAGAGUAUGCCAAUCAAAAUAAAUCUAAUAGCUCCUCCUCGUUAUGUGAUGACCACAACAACGCUCGAAAGGACUGAAGGUCUUUCUGUCCUCAGCCAAGCCAUGGCUGUCAUUAAAGAAAAAAUUGAAGAGAAGAGAGGGGUCUUUAAUGUGCAGAUGGAACCCAAGGUGGUAACUGACACUGAUGAGACUGAGCUUGCAAGGCAGUUGGAAAGAUUGGAGCGUGAGAAUGCUGAAGUGGAUGGAGAUGACGAUGCUGAGGAGAUGGAAGCAAAAACUGAAGAUUAAAUUUGUUGGAAUGACAGUAUAGAUGGAAAUUAUGCAUUCAUGCAAAUAACUAAAGACACCUAGAGAUGACUGAUGAGGUAUCAUUGUUAAAAAUGCCACAGGAACAGACUUGAAAUAUUUUCAAGUUUUUAAUGAGACCAAAUUUUGAACAGACAAGAAACCAUCUGCUACAGUGUGUUGCUUGAUUUUCUCAGUGGGAAGGUGCUUCUCACUGAAGAUUUAAACCUUUUCCCUCUUAAUAAUCCAAGCAUACUUUGAUGACUCUUCUUAAUAUUUUCACAUCUUAUACAUUCAGAUUGGCAACUGGUUCACUGUGUUGUGUCAGUGAGUUUCUGAGGAUUAAACCAAUAUUUCUCCAGACUGCACUGAAGCAUUCAAUAAAUGUAUUGGGUAUUUA